AAUUCCUAGUAUAUAGAUCUCAUCCUGCCUUGGGUAUGCCCCUCACAGGUAGAAAGCAGUGAAAUAUGAAAACAGCCUGAUACUUUUGAGGCAAGCAUGUAUCUAAAACAUACCUUCGAAUGGACUCCUGCUCUCAUUAGCCUGCUAUGCAUAACCCUGAUGUUUUUGUGUGUGUGAUAAAGUUUACAAGGUCUUUGAUAAACUCUUGAGCAGGCUCCCUUUCUUCUAUGUCUGUGAUUCUGGAAAGCUGGAACCAAGCUCAAUGUCAGGAAAAGUAGGUGUGGACUUUUAGGGCUGUGUUGCUCAGCAGCUAGAAUGUGGUUGGCAGUCUCCUCCCCUUCCUGCACUUCUGCUCUUCACAGUGUGCACCCUGGAAUGACAGGCAUUCCUGUGUGAAGAGAGCCAGCGUGAAGACAUAUUUAUAAGAACCACAAGUGCCCAGGACGGGAUACAGGGAAACAAACUCCAGCAGACUGACCUCAUGCCGUUUCCUGAUGUUUGGCAGUGACACUGAGAGAGGAGUGCACGUCUCCUCCUCAUGUGGAUUUAUCUUUUAAGAAAAGUUUGCUUUGGUCCGGGACAGUCUGUUGUCGUGAGACACAUCAGACAAUAUAAUCAUGGGGCAAGCUGAUGUAUCCAGACCGGUAAAUCCAGAUGCAGUUGACUUCUCCAGAGAACCCUGGGACAAAGAAGCAGGCCAGCCCACUGCAGAUCCAGGCAUGGUCAUGGACAGUGUGGAAGCAGGAGGAGACACGACGCCUCCCACCAAAAGGAAGAGCAAGUUCUCAGGCUUUGGGAAGAUCUUCAAGCCCUGGAAAUGGCGGAAAAAAAAAAGCAGCGAUAAAUUCAAAGAGACAUCAGAAGUUUUCUAA